GGGCCAGGACGCUAUUUCAGGAAGAUGUCUGUCGCAUACCACGCGGUCUUCUCUCGAGCCACAUCUACCUGUCAACCAGAAUAAAACAUUCGCCGAGUGAAGUAACUGUUUGUCGGUAUUUCGAUUGUUGUUCGUUGGUGGUAGUUUUAUUUAUUUGUCUUUGGGUGGUUGUGGUUUCUAUUCAAUUUAAGAACUUUUAGGAUUGUUAUUCGAGAUCUCUGCAUAACCAACAAAUGCACCAUGUACGGACUGAUAAUCGAGAACAUGUCGGAGUACAUCAAACAAACGUAUGGCGAGGACAAAUGGGAAGAAAUAAGAAGGGCCGCGGCAGUAGACCAACCCAGUUUCAGCACGCAUCAAGUCUAUCCUGAGGGAUUGUUGCCGAGACUUUCCAAGAAGGCCGUACAGAUCCUGAAAGUCAGCGAAAAGGAGUUCUUCGACCAGAUGGGCGUGUUCUUCAUAGGCUUCGUCAGUCAAUACGGCUACGACAGGGUGUUGUCAGUGUUGGGCAGGCAUAUGAGGGAUUUUCUGAACGGGUUGGACAAUUUACACGAGUACUUAAAGUUCUCGUAUCCCCGCAUGAGGGCGCCUAGUUUUAUCUGCGAGAACGAGACCAAGCAGGGGCUGACUCUGCAUUACAGGAGCAAAAGAAGAGGGUUUGUUUACUACACCAUGGGGCAAAUUAGAGAGGUAGCUAGACAUUUUUAUCACAAAGAAAUGAAGAUAGAACUAGUCAGAGAAGAAUUGUUGUUCGAUAUGGUCCACGUUACUUUUCAACUAACAUUCGACAACAGAGCCUUUACCUUAGCUUCUUUAGCUAUGACCAGGGAAGAGAAGCACUUGCCAAUCAGUGCUUCUGUUCUGUUCGAAAUAUUUCCAUUUUGUAUAGUUUUUGGAUCAGAUAUGAUUGUGCGUAGCAUAGGCAAUUCUUUAAUGGUCAUUUUACCAGAUUUAGUAGGGAAGAAAAUAACUAACUGGUUUGACUUGGUUCGGCCACUCAUAGCAUUCAAGUUUGGUUCGAUUUUGAACCGGACCAAUAAUAUUUUUGAAUUGGUAACUGUGGAGCCAAUUUUGAACGACAAACCUCCAUCUGACGGCAGAGGUGGUCUGCUACUUAGUGACGAGAUGGAAGUAUCUGAAGAUAGAAAUUUAAGGCUUAAAGGUCAGAUGAUUUACAUGGAUAAUUGGAAGAUGAUGAUGUACUUAGGAACCCCCGUGAUGCCCGAUCUCAAUUCUCUAAUUAAUUCCGGCCUAUACAUCAACGACCUCUCUAUGCACGACUUUAGUCGAGACCUCAUGUUGGCCGGUACCCAACAAUCCGUAGAACUCAAGUUAGCCUUAGACCAGGAACAACAGAAAAGUAAGAAGUUGGAGGAGUCGAUGAGGAAGUUAGACGAAGAAAUGAGAAGGACUGACGAGCUCUUAUAUCAGAUGAUACCGAAACAGGUCGCUGAUAGGUUGAGGAAGGGAGAAAAUCCUAUCGAUACGUGCGAGAUGUUCGAUAGCGUAUCCAUUUUGUUCUCUGAUGUCGUGACUUUCACCGAGAUCUGCAGCAGAAUAACCCCCAUGGAGGUUGUUUCGAUGCUCAAUGGAAUGUAUUCCAUAUUCGACAAGUUAACUGAAAGAAACAGAGUAUAUAAAGUGGAGACCAUAGGGGAUGCCUACAUGGUAGUCAGUGGCGCCCCAGAGAAGGAAGGUAACCACGCCGAGAGGGUGUGCGACAUGGCGCUGGACAUGGUGGAUGCUAUCACGGAUCUCAAAGACCCUUCCACUGGUCAACACCUUCGCAUCAGAGUAGGCGUUCAUUCAGGAGCCGUAGUAGCCGGCAUAGUAGGAUUAAAAAUGCCAAGGUAUUGCCUUUUCGGCGACAGCGUUAAUACCGCCUCCAGGAUGGAGUCGACUAGUGAAGCUAUGAAAAUACAUAUAUCACAGUCCACCAAGGAGCUGCUCCCACCGCCCUACAGAGUCAAGGAAAGGGGCGAAAUCCAAAUUAAAGGGAAAGGAACAAUGAAGACGUACUGGUUACAAGCCAAGGAAUGUAGGGCUCCUGUGCCAAGAAUCGGGAAUGCAGUUUUACCAACACAAGAGAUUGAAAGAAAACUGGAACCCAAGCAGUCGACGAGCCAUCCUAAUCCACCCAAAGAAGCGGGCAGACCUGUAGUUUAUUCACCCAUCACUUUUCAGGACGUGGCAAGGAGGAGUAUAGUAAAUUCCCCAGAAAAGUCAAAUUCGAGAGAACUGCGAUCGAACUCAGCGGGAGCUGUGUUCCCCUUGUACGACCCAGCCGACUACUUUGGAUCAAUGGUUCUUGCAGGCAACGAAGAAACCUACGGGAUGUGCCCGCUUAACAUCCCCUUCCAGUUUAGAAACCGAAGUACCACGGCUCCACCAAGGACAAACUGCCAGCAAGAAGUGAGUUUGAUCUCUCAAGACAAGCCCCUGAAGACCGCUCCGUCAAUUUUACUCAACAACUCCAUCGAGAAUCACGUCAAUCACAAUAGCAGAGAGGAAAAGCCUGUCGCCAAAGUCAACUCAAAUGCGGCGAACAGUCACAGUGAAGUUGCUGUGCAGCAGCCGAAGAAGGAAUACGAAUUCGGCAAAUCCAUGUACCAAUACGCGAAGAAGCUCGAGAACAAGUUCGAGAGGAACCAUAAAGAAGUCGCCAAUUCGAAAAGUGACGGGAACCUGUGUAGUAGGAAAAUAGAGUCGAAUAGUAUAUCGAACAGUCAAAGUCAGCAGUUUCCUAGACAGCAUCGGCAGCACGAUCAAUGCUGCACCAGUUUUGGUACGUCGCACAGGAGUAGAUACCAGAGCAAUGCUUGUAGUAUAGUUUAGAUGAAUUAUUUUUUUAUGUAGCUCAAUUUCUGUGCUUCAAAACGAAGGAACUGAUUAUGUGUAGUGGUACAAAGAGAAUUUAUUAAUAAAAAAAACGUACUUUCGAAUAAAACAUCGUAACUUUUAUUAAAAAAAUAAGAAUGGCUUAUCAACUAUGGAAAACGUACAGGGUGUUUCAAAUUCAA